UAAUAGAAAAGUUUUAUACAAGUUAGAAAGUUGCAAUCGAAGUAGUUGCGAUUGACUCCUUCCACCACCUUUCAAUCUUCCAUCUCCCGUUUCCUUUACGCCAUUAAACAACACCUGCAAAACUAUUUUCUCUCCUUUUAAGUCUACUCUUGACUUCCCUUAACUUAAUUUCCACAAUAACCAAUUCUACCAUACACAUAAAUACCCUUCUCCUCUUCUUCUACAUAUCUUUUCACUUCUACAUCGGAUUCAUUUCUAGUUUCUGAAUCUCUUUGCUGGAAUCGGAAUCAGAUGAAGAUGGGGGUGGCGAAGGUAGGUUUGGAAUUGAUGAUUAUGAUGAUGAUGAUUAUAGGGGUGAUUAUGAAAGAAACGGAAGGGAGAUUUGUGGUUGAGAAGAGUAGUAUAAGUGUUCUGUCGCCGAUUGAUCUCCGAUCAAAGCAUGAUGCAGCGAUUGGUAAUUUUGGGGUGCCGGAUUACGGUGGUUCUAUGGUGGGUACGGUGGUUUAUCCUCAGAAAUCCGACUCUGUUUUUGGUUGUUCAAAGUUUGAAGGCGAUAAUCCUUUCAAAUCGAAGUCUGCUUCAAGGCCCACUAUUCUUCUGCUUGAUCGUGGAGAUUGCUAUUUCGCCUUGAAGGCAUGGAACGCACAACAAGCCGGUGCAUCUGCAGUACUAGUAGCUGACAACACAGACGAACCCCUCAUAACCAUGGACUCACCGGAAGCAAGCUCAACCGCUGAUGACUUCAUAGACAAACUCACAAUCCCAUCCGCCUUAAUCCAAAGAUCCUUUGGUCAAUCCUUAAAAGACGCCUUACAAAAAUCCAACCAAGAAGUCCUACUAAAGUUAGACUGGUCAGAGUCCCUACCCCACCCUGACCAUAGGGUGGAGUACGAACUAUGGACCAAUAGCAAUGAUGAGUGUGGGGCCCGUUGUGACCAACAAAUGAAUUUUAUAAAAAAUUUUAAAGGGCACGCGCAAAUAUUGGAAAGAGAAGGGUACACGAUGUUUACGCCACAUUAUAUAACAUGGUUUUGUCCUAAACCAUUUGUUUUGAGUGAUCAGUGUAAGUCGCAAUGUAUUAAUCACGGUCGUUAUUGUGCACCGGAUCCCGAGAUGGACUUUGGUGAAGGGUAUAAUGGGAAAGAUGUGGUGUUUGAGAAUUUGAGACAGCUUUGUGUUCAUAGAGUUGCUAAUGAGACUAAUAGGUCUUGGGUUUGGUGGGAUUAUGUGACUGAUUUUCAUAUUAGGUGUUCUAUGAAGAAAAAGAAGUAUAGUAAAGAAUGUGCUGAAGAAGUCAUCAAAUCACUUGGAUUGUCUACUGAAAAGAUACAAAAAUGCAUGGGUGAUCCCGAAGCAGAUGUUGAGAAUGAAGUGCUAAACAUUGAGCAAGAGUCGCAGCUUGGACGUGGUUCGCGUGGAGAUGUAACAAUCUUGCCAACUUUGGUCAUUAAUAACGUCCAAUAUAGAGGGAAAUUGGAUAGAACCGGUGUACUUCGAGCAAUAUGUUCGGGAUUUAAGGAGACCACCGAUCCUCCUAUAUGUUUAAGCGGAGAUCUUGAGACAAAUGAGUGUCUUGAGAGGAAUGGCGGUUGUUGGAUUGACUCACAAAAUGGCAUAAGCGCUUGCAAGGACACUUUUAGAGGAAGAGUAUGCGAAUGCCCUACGGUGAAUGGCGUGCAAUAUCGAGGAGAUGGAUAUACUUCUUGUGAAGCCUUUGGAGCGGGGAGAUGUACGGUUAACAAUGGAGGAUGUUGGUCGGAUUUAAGGAAUGGAAAGAAGUUUUCAGCUUGCUCCGAGUCUAACAUAACCGGUUGUAGUUGUCCACAAGGUUUUCGUGGAGAUGGUCAUACUUGUGAAGAUAUCAAUGAAUGCAAGGAAGGUAUAGCUUGUCAAUGUGAUGGGUGUACGUGUAAGGACACAUAUGGUGGAUACGAGUGUAAAUGCAAGGGGGACAAACUGUAUAUCGCUGAUCAAGACACGUGUAUUGAACGGAAGGCUUCAAAGUUUGCUUGGUUCAUUAGCUUGUUGGUACUAGGAGUGGUGGCGAGUGCGGGUUUAGCCGGUUACAUUUUCUACAGAUACAGACUAAGGGCAUACAUGGAUUCAGAGAUCAUGGCGAUUAUGUCUCAGUACAUGCCACUAGACAAUCAGCAUCCAAAUCAAGUGGUUAUACAUGAAAACGAACCUCUGCAUCAAACAUCCACCGUAUAAUCCAUAAG